AUGGGCAUUGACGCCGAGGAAUUGAUCCUCAACCCUUUCCACGAGGUGGUCGAGCGAGGAAAGGAGGCCGUGGCCAACGCGGAGAGGGCUGCAGACCAGGAUGCCGAGCUCUCACAGGUCAUGGGCAAGGCCGGGGUGGCUGUCGUCAAGGAGGGCGAGCGGGCCCUGAAGAGGUUGCAGCCCCUCUGGGACAGCCAGGUCGACAAGUACGGCGACGCGUUCAAGGAGAGCAUGGGCCAGGAUGCCGCGAUAGAAAAGAGGCGGCGCAAGCUGGAGCAUCUCCUCUAUGACUUUGAGGACUACGCGGAGCCGGACACGUUCGUGCAUGAGCGUUUCGCCGAGCUGCAGGCGGCCACAAAGUCGCUCGCCAUGGACGUGAUCGAUGUCAUCAAGAAGCUGAAGCUCGACACCGCCAUCACUCCGCCCUACUCACCACCCUCGCCCUCCAAGUUCCCACCCCUUCCUCCCCUCCCUCCUCUGCCCCUGAAGAGCCCAUCACGGAUAGUGAACGGGGCACGGUCUCCAAGGCCGCCAACGCCCCCGGGAAGGAAAGGAGGCCGCACAGGGGCACUGGGAUCGCCCCCUCCGCUGCCACCAGGGGCGUCCUCUCCGGAUCGCAUCGCACAGAGCACGCCUGUUCCUCCGCCUGAUCUAUCCGAGGCGACACUCCCAGCACCCCGUACGAGGCUCCCGCCUGGCAAGCGGGAUCUGGUCGGCCUGAACACGGGCUCACAGCGUAGCCUGAAGAGCAAUAGCACUGUACACUCACGGGCAUCGAGCGCCUACAGCGUCGGAUCACUUCCUCCACCGGCAUACACGCCCGACAGCGAGGCGCCUCCUGUCCCUCAGAUCACACACUACAACACGGCUGACCGGCCAGAGAGCAGAGAAUCGUCGAGCCUGGGAAUACAUGGCCCCCCGACGCCCCAGAACUCAACCCUCUCACGUCAGCCCAGCCUUUCGGCGACAGAUGCCAGCAGCAUAUCCGAGAUACCCGAUUUCCCCGUGCCGCAACCACACACCGGCAUAAGGACGACAGCCUGGGUGAGCGACCAGGCAGGCUCACCCAACCCAAGGUAUCACGGACACCGGCCGCCCUCGCGGUACGAGCCACACUCGCUACAGGCGAUCCAGAGCCUCCAGCAGACGGCCAUCCCGGAGGACCAGGCCGUGGCGGCGGGCAGCAGCAGCAGCAUGCCCGUGCCCCGGGCGAGGGCGGGCCACUCGUUCAUCAACUUCGACACGGCGCUGACGCCCAUCAUCUCGGAGCUGAGCAGGUUCGGCGUGGACCCGUCGUCGUCGCCGGGAGGUGGGUCCGGCCCCGACAGCCCGGAGACAUCACGAAGCACGACGCUGAGCCACGCCACGAGCAUGUCGUCCCUCCGGACCGGCUCAACCCACAUCAUGAGGCCCGGCACCAGCAACGGCGGCUGGACGCCCAUCACGCCAGCAGACACGACCCACCAGCCCCCCAAGGGCUCCUUCUCGCCCAUAUCCCUCCCACCAGCCGCCCUCGAGCCCCCAGAAGGCCACCACACCCGCCUCCCAGAAGCAGCAGUGCCGGUACCGCUACCAACACCAGCCCACCCAGCCCCAGAGGACUGGGCCACCCGCACCGUCCUCUCCAUCUCAGACCACGCCUCGACCACAAACUUCUCCGCAACCUCCCCCACCACCACCCCCCAGCCCCGCGAGCCAGACACGGCCAUCGGCCAGCGCAGCAGCCUCCACCUCCUAGGGGGCUUCUGCCCCGGCGCGCAGGCCUUCCGCGCCUCGGGCCACGGGGACGGCGUGCGCCGCGUGGCAGGCCACGUGGCGGGCCACUCGGCGGCGACGGCGCGGUGCGAGGCCUGCUCGUACGGGCACGCGUGGUCGGAGCUGGAGCUCGACGUGCGCGAGCGCAUGCCGCGCGCGACGUUCCCGCGCGGCGGCGGGCUCCUCUUCCGCAUCCGGCUGCUGUACAAGUCGCACCUGGGCGCGCCCCGGCCCGGCGAGGCCUUCUACGGGUGCCUGUUCUGCGCGCAGUCCGGGCGGGUCGUCCGCGAGGGCGACGCCACCGUCUUCCGCGGCGCCGACGAGCUGCUCCGCCACGUGGCCUCGCACCCGCAGCCGCUGCCUGACGUCCCUGGGUUGACUGUGCUGUAUGGGAGGGAGGUGCUCGCUGCGGACCCGCGGGUUAAUGACUUUGACGUGUGGCUUACUGAGCCGCCGCAGCGCGGGGGCGUCCCGCCCGAGGUGGAGGCUGAGGUUGCGAGGCUGCCUGUUGCGACGGCUGUGAAGGGCCAUGUGCAGCGGUAUGGGGAGAAGAAGCUGCCCCGGCCGGACGGGAAGGGCCCUGACAGCCUGCUGCAGUUCUUUGAGGGCUCGCGGGUCAUUGGUGUUGAGUUCCCCGGUAAAUAUGCAGGUAAGUGGUGUACGGGGUGGCACGACGGGGUGUGGGGAUAUUUCCCGGCCAAGAUCGUCGAGCUGGAAAAGCCCAUGCCAGGCAGACUCGACGCACCGCCCCUGCCACACGGGGUGGGUGGGAGUGGUGUGACUGCUGUGGCGAAGUGGAAGUGGGAUCCUGGCGCAGCUGCCAGGGAGGGCUGGCUUGGCUUCGACAAGGGGGAGAAGCUUGUCAACGUCGGGUGGCCUGCCGAGGCCGGCAAGGAGGCGUGGUGCUGGAGCGGGUCGACUUCGAAGGGCAAGUUCGGGGUGUUCCCCAGGAGUCAUAUAGACGAAUCAUCUCUGAGGGAAGAUGCCAACUCACAAGCGCCCGGGGGUGGGGGCGGAAAGUCCAAGAGAAAAGAGGGGGGCAGGUCGGGCGGCAAGUUCUUCGGCGUAAGACGGAGGCACAGCACGACUUCAAGUAUGAGUGGCGGCUCGGGAGUGAUCGAGAUUAUAUGA